CACCAUAGAGUUACUGAACUCUUCAGCUCAAAGCUCAAUAUCCUCCUCACACUCCAGCCUCAGCUCAAAGGAGUACUUACCACUACUAAGCUAAAUCGAAAACCGGCAGCAGUAACCCAGCAAGCAGUUUCAUGGCCAUGGACGGCUUCGAUGAAAGGAUCUGCAGCUCCCCUUCUUCUUCCCCGUCGUCGUCCUCCUCGCAAGAAGGCUUAGCGGUGUGGUCGAAGCGCCCCGCGGGGCGCACCAAGUUCAAGGAGACGCGCCACCCGGUGUACCGCGGCGUGCGCCACCGCGGCGCCGCGGGCCGUUGGGUGUGCGAGGUGCGCGUCCCGGGCGCGCACGGCAAGCGCCUCUGGCUCGGCACGCACCUCACCGCCGAGUCCGCGGGCCGCGCCCACGACGCCGCCAUGCUCGCGCUCCUGCCGUCCGCCGCGGCAUGCCUCCUCAAUUUCCCGGACUCGGCCGCCGCCACGCCGCCCGCGCUCGGCUGCGCCGCCGUCGUCGCCGUCGCCGGCUUCCUAAGCCGGGAGGCCGCCCCCUCCAUCGUGUCCGUCGUCAUCCCUGUGGCCGUGGUUCCUGUGGCCGUUGUUCCUGUGGAUAAUGGUGCCGCCGGCGCAUGGCCAUCGUUCCUUGGAGUUCUGUUUGAGGUGCCACUGCCAGUACCACCCAUGGCGAUGGGGAGCGGCAUGUUGGAGUUGGAGUUGGAGCUCGACAUGCCGAGCGAAAUGGACCUGGGGAUGCACUACGCGGACCUCGCCGAGGGGCUGCUCAUGGAGCCGCCGCAGGACACCAACGAAGCGUCCUGCUGGGAAAGCGGAGACUUCGGCGACGGUGGAGAUCUCUGGAGUUACUGAAAACGAUCUGCUCCUGCCUUGAUUUGGCUCCAUGGAACCAACAAACUGAAUUUGCUUCGUCCGGCAUAAUAAAACCGUGGAACCUUGAAGGACCAUAUAUUCUGACGCUACACUCAACCAAUUUAACACGGUUCUAAGCUACGGAAAGGGGAAGACGAAAAGAACUGGAGGCAGGGGAAGGACAUCGAUCAUCACUGAUGCACUGCCAAACGAACGUUCCUUCCAAAGAAUGCUAUACUCGUCGGUUCACGUCUGAUGACCACAACAGAAAAGAACAUGUGGGUGAGACGCAUCCGGAAGAUGUGGGCAGGGCAGCCACCUGGGACAGAGAUCCAGUGCCUUGCCUCUUGCAAGGCACGGAUGCGUGGCCCUUGCUGCCCACCUCAGCCCGUUAAAGCCACCUGACCACAUACGCUAGAUAUUUCCCCCAAAUCCUAGUAGCCAAGCUGAUCUGCUACUUUAUCUUGCCAUGGUUAUACACUCUGGAGACCGGAGUGCAAUGCAAAUUAGUACGAUUUGUGUCCGACAACUGGACAUCUUGCCAUUUGGGAGUGGGAAGCAUGCAGGAACACAUCCUUAGAGAUACUCGUGAAGGCAGUGACAUGGAUGUAAAAAACUCUGGUCAAUCAGCUGAACGACUCAUCUCUGUUCGAUUUCUAGAUAGACGGUAGAGAACACGUUGUGCUACUCCAUCUGCUCAUUGUUCUGUAUGCACAAAUUCAACAGAAUGGUAGCAUGUGGUGGAAUACAACUCGCCGAAUUCGGCGUUUAUUUGUUUUUGUUUUCCGAGGAGUUAACUUCAGAUGAGAUGUGUUAGCUGAAUGGUCUGUAAUAAGGCACUAGUUGAAUUGUUGUGGCUCACAGGCAUCAAAAUGCAUUAAUGAACUGGUUUGGUUUCUACUAGUU